AGUGCAAAUGUUUCCAUUAACUAUGCUAGAUGUCCUAAGAAAAACUUGGUUGCGGAGGAACGCCUUCCAACGGCUGAAGUGAAUACCGUCCCUGUGGUGAAUACUGCGACUGUGGAGAUGCAUGAGUCGAAGGAAAACGCCAUCAUUUGUCCCGUAACAUUAGCAGAGUUCGAACUAAUUCCUAAAUACAUGCGUGGUCGAAUGGCACUGUCGGAAUUGAACGAUAUCGUUGGCAAGCUGGAUGAGUUUCUCACUAUGAAGCGAAAUUUACUGAACACGUCUUUUAAGAAGCUUUCCAUGAAGGACAAAGAUCAGGUCUCCAAGUGGAGGGAACAGGAGCCUGCUCCAAUUACUGGUCAGCUCUAUUGUCAGGAAGUCGAUGUAAAACCCUUCAUGAAGGAUCGCUCUAAAGCUCUAUUUCGUACAGCAAUGCCUUGUUUGCGGCAUGUUCGACGAGUAAGAGAGGUUCGAGUUAAAGGAAAGGUUUAUUUACUUCCUGGUCAAUGA